AUGAGAGAUCGGCCCGUCGUCAGCAUCGAAAAUUACAUCAUAUACUGCGGCGAUGCUGAUGAGAACAAAGUAGGUGGCUGCGCGAUAGCUGUGAGGAACGAUUACAAGAACCUGGUGGAGGAAUUUGGCUCAACGUCGUCUAGAUGCGCCUUUCUACGAAUGCGGGGUCGCAGAGGACGUAAACUCUGGAUCGUAGGUGCUCACGCACCUACGGAAAACGCUGAGGACAACAGCAAGGAUGCCUUCUAUGAUGAACUCAAUGCUUUGAUGUCUAAAAUACCAAGCCAGCAGGUGGUCAUUGUCGGAAUCGACGCAAAUGCGAAGAUGGGACUCGAACAAGCUGUUUGGGACGUCGCUUUUGACUCUGACCACCGUCCAGUUCUUCUCAGCUUCAAGAUACGGUUGCACAAGAGAAACCUAGGAGUUCCUCUUCAACCGAAAAUCGACAUGGCAGGUCUGAAAGACGAUGAAUGCAGAACAAAAUCCCGCCAAUGGCGCUGCAAGGGAAACGCUCCCGGUUCUAUUGCCGCGGAAGACGUUUGCCUUAGCAUCUGCGGAAACAAAAUCCACGUACAAUUCUGUAUGGGCAGCACGCAGUUUGAGAAGGCGUGGGAGGACAGGAACCCGCGGAAAGGCUAUGCUCUACUAAAACAGUAUAGCGACGAAAUGAAAAGAUGUUCUCCAGUCUUCAACACUGCCAAUGGAGUAGCUGCCGGUGAAGCAACCCUUCCAAUUUGGAGAGAACACUUUAAGGCCUUGCUGAACCGGCUAGCACCGUCAGCUCCUGAACUUGAGCACGUUCAUAGACCGACAUAUGCGGUUGACAAGGAGCCACCGACCGAGUCGGAGGUUCUAGUCUGUAUUCAAAAAAUGAAGAAUGGAAAAUCUGGUGGAGACGAUGGGAUUAGCGCAGAAAUGCUAAAAUAUCUUCCUCCGUCUGGGAUUCGUGAGAUGACAAAGAUCAUCUGUUCAUUAUGGAUAGAUGAAAGGAUACCUGGCUUUGAAGCUGCGUUCGACUCUCUUCACCGAGGCCGUCUUCUCAACGCGCUCCGCGCCGAUGGAGUACCAGGAAAGUUCGUUCGCUUGCUUGAUGACAUGAAUCUACGAACAACUGCUGCAGUUCGAACACCAGCCGGAUGUGCAACACCGUUUGAGAUGGUAACUGGAGUAAGACAAUGGGCAGUGGCAGGACCUUUCCUGUUCAAUUUUGCAAUCGACGACAUUAUGCGAAGAACAGUCGACCAGUGUCCUGCUGACAUUGUCUUAGCACCAUCAGGGUGCCUCUUGGCUGACCUCGAGAACGCCGACGAUGUCGUUAUAUUUGCGGAAAGCAGUACGAAACUUCAAGAUGUUGUCAACCUUGUAUCGAAGCUGGCUGCAGCCUAUGGACUACGUCUACGCCCUGAUAAAUGCAAGCAGGUGUGGAUCUCUUCGAGACCUCGAACGGGAAUCAGGGUGGACGGACAACCGAUAGAACUCGUUGAUGAGUUCUUUUACCUAGGCUGUACGCUGAAGAACAAUUGCAGCUACGAGAGAGAUGUUCAGCAAAGAUGCGCUAAGGCCACUUCUACAUUUAACUCCUUAACGAAAUGCCUGUGGUCGACCCCCGUCACCAACGAAGUCAAGCUACCUAUCCGCAAUUCGCCCCAUCAUGAUGUACGGAUCGGAGACUUGGGCAGCAUCAUCAACGGUUAUGAAGAGGCUUGA